AUGAAAAUAUUGUUCUCCAUAUUUCUAAUAUUAAUAGUUAUACUGUCUAAAAAUAUUCUUGUAUUUUAUUUAAAUAAUCGAUAUAUUAGAGAGUUGAACGAGAACAGUAAUAUAAAAUUGAAUGAAUUUUAUUUAGGUAAUAUACUAGAUAAUACCGAAAUAAAUAAAAAUGUUAAGCCCAGAACUAAAUAUUAUGAUGAGAGUUUAUUUAUAAAAGACGAUAUAUUUAAUUGUGAUAUUAAUUUGAAAAAAAAUAAUUAUGGAUGUAUAAAUGGUCCUAACAGUUUUGAUAAUGUAUUAUUAUCAAAUAGUGAAUAUAUUUACAAUUGGGAUUUAGGUAAAAGAUGUUUAAGUAAAUUUGUUGAUCAUUCAAAUAAUUUUAGUAUAAAUAAUAUGAAAUAUAGUGAAUGGGACUUAAUUAAUAUUCCAACAGUUGGUUAUGAUAUAAAUGGUGAAAGAGUUCAAAGGAUGUUUGAAACAAAUAUUUGGUUAAAUAAUGAAAAUAAUAAGUAUUCGUUAAAAUUAUUUAUUAAAAAGGUACCUAUUGAUAUAUGGUUGUUACAAUUUAAAAUGAUGGAACUAUAUAAUGGAGAAUUUUUAUAUGGAGGUGAAAAUUAUGUAAUGGAAGCAGUUGUAGGGGCUUUUCUAACUGAACAUCAUCCUGGUAUAUCACCAAGGUUUUAUAAAUUAUUAUAUGAACCAGAAAAUUACAAUGAAAAUUUAUUAUGUCUGUACAAUAUUACUAAUAUAUUUACAUUUAAUGAUAUGUUAAGACAUGAAAUUGAAUAUAAGAAUAAAGGUGAUAUUGUUAUGAUAUGGGAAUAUUUUGGUCAAAAUCUUUUGAAAUAUUUGAAUAUACAAAAUAUAUUAUAUCCUUUAGGUAUUAGUAAUAAAAUGAAAAAGAAACGACUCUUGUAUGGUUCAUUAGAAUUAAUGAAAAAAUUUCAUGAUACAGGUUUAUGUCAUUUGGAUUUUACUGUUCAAAAUAUAUUAAUAAAUAAAGAUUAUGAGAUGCGCCUAUGUGAUUUUGCAAAAUCGACACCAAUGUACACAAAUAAUUUAAGGCACAUAGAAAAAAUGAAUCAUUUAUGUUCUUUCGAAUCAUGCAUACCUUAUGUAGCCAAGCUUGAAUAUUCUCCACCUGAAUGUUUAUCAUUAAGAAAGAUACAUAAGAAAGAAAAUAUAAAAAAUCCCUUAAAAUAUUUAUGUAAUACAAAAGAUCAAGAGAUAAGAAAAAAAUAUUAUUUUGAUGUUGCUUCUGCGGACAAAUAUAUGCUUGGAAUUGUUUUUAUUUUUAUUUGGAUUAGAAAUUUUUUAUGGAAAAGAGCAGAUGAAGAAGAAGAUAAAUGUUUUUUAAGAUUUGUGAAAAAUAAUAUGAAUUUUGAUAAAGAUUAUGUUUGUAUUUUUUGGCCAAAAGAAUUUAAGGAAAUGCUUAAGGGGCUGUUAAAUUUUGAUAGCAGAAAGAGCUUAAAUUUAAACGAUUUAAUUAAUCAUAGAUGGUUCAUGUCUAAAUAG